AGUGGGAAGGGAUGUGAAACUUGGCCACUGGCCGGCGCCGUCCUGCUGGGCGUCCCACAGAGGUCCCUGGGUGGACAGCAGGAGCAUCCAGUUGAGUCGACCACCCGCGGCAGUGGCAUCAUGGAAGCCCCAUGGGGCUGGCUCUUGGUUGGUGUGCUGGCCAUGUCCCUGGCCUCGACGGUGACCCAGAACGUGUGCCGAGCGCCGGAUGGGAGGGACGGGGCUCCAGGAAAGCCUGGCCGACCCGGGCGGCCAGGCCUCAAGGGGGAGCAAGGGGAGCCAGGGGCCCCCGGCAUCCGGACAGGCAUCCGAGGUCUUAAAGGAGACCAGGGAGAACCUGGGCCCCCUGGAAUCCCUGGCAAAAUGGGCUACCCAGGACCUAGCGGCCCCGUGGGUAACCCUGGCUCCCCAGGAUUGAAGGGCAUCAAGGGCAACCCGGGAAACAUCAACGCCCAGCCGCGGCCGGCCUUCUCAGCCGUGAGGCGGAACCCGCCGCUGGGCGGCCAUGUAGUCAUCUUCGACACGGUCAUCACCAACGAGGAAGGCAGGUACCAGAGCCACUCGGGCCGGUUCGUCUGCGCCGUGCCCGGCUACUACUACUUCACCUUCCAGGUGGUGUCCAAGUGGGACAUCUGCCUGUCCAUCAUGUCCUCCAAGAGGGGCCUGACCACGAGCUCCGUGGGCUUCUGUGACACCAACAGCAGGGGGACCUUCCAGGUGGUGUCUGGGGGCACCGUGCUCCAGCUCCAGAACGGAGACCAGGUCUGGAUCGAAAAAGACCCUGCGAAGGGCCGCAUCUACCAGGGUCCCGAGGCCGACAGCGUCUUCAGCGGCUUCCUCAUCUUCCCGUCCGCCUGAGCCGGGGCGGGACCCUCCCACCUUGGCCUCACCUGCUUCCUGCUGUGCAACCCCGGCCCACUCGCUCCACCUCUCUGGUUCUACGCUCUGCUCUGUAAAGUGGGGGCGCUGUUGUUUUAGCCGGAGGGAGAUCGUGUCUUAGAACGCUUCCUGGAAUAAAUACCUGUGUCCCUGUC